UUGUGUUUGGUGACCUAACCUAUACUUCUUCUUUAAUGUAAAUUGUAAGCCUGUAAAGUUAAGGACUCUGAGAGGAGUCUAGUAGAGUUUGUUACAAUUAAUUACUAUUGAAUAUGAAUAUUUCUGGAAUACUAUGGAAGAGGUCUCAAACCCUCAAGAACCAUCAUCUUAUUGCUCGCUUAGUUUCUACCAAUGAAAAAAUUGAAAUUCCAAAAAGGAUUCCAAGAGGUCCGACAGAUAUUUUAAGAGCACUUGAAAGUACAAUCCAAAGAGAUCCUACUGCAGCUCACUAUAAAUACCAUGAUGAUCCAUAUUUGAUUCCAUCAAAUAAUUUAUCGAAAAGAUCCUUUGCUAUGGCUAAAGAAGCAGGUAGAAAAGCAGCACACUGGGUUCGAAGCGAAAAUCCAGAACUGUUUAACCACAGAGAAUGUGAGCCUCCCAUUGAUUUAUUUUUUCCAAAAAUGGCUUAUAAUGAAAACACUGAUGUCACAGAAGAUGAUCUAAAAAAUGUGAUUGAUAGGGGUGAAGUUUCAGAUGCUAUUCUUAUAAGUAAUCUUCUUAAAACUAAAGAUAUACAAGUAUCUGAUGAAAUUAAACAAAGCUUAUUGGAACUGUUAUGUUAUAAUAACAGUAGUGAUACCCUAAGUGACGAAUUCAUUGAAGAGAGGUGGUUUAAACAGUCUUCCAGUGUAAAGGAGAAGCAAAGAAAAACUUGGAAAGAUGGCGCAGUGGCUGAAGAAAUUUUUAUAAGCAUUGAUAGUCCUAAUGCGGAAACCUACUCUGCUUUAAUUCAAGGCAUGGUAAAAUAUAAUCAAGCUGCUAGAGCAUACCAGUUGUUUGAAGAGGCCCAACAAAAGGGUCUUGUACCGAAUGUUGACACUUACAAUGCUAUUAUUAGAGUGGCAAAUUUUCUUAAGGAAGGAUUCGACUUACGAUGGCGUUUUGUCAUAAACAUUCUCCAAAGUAUAAAACAGGCAGGUUAUAAACCAAAUUUGGGCACAUUAAAUGCUGUGCUCUAUACUUUAAGUACAAUGGGGACUAGUCAAGCUGUUAAAGGGUAUACUCUAAAAGUUUUAAAAGAAUUUAAAAAUUUAGGUAUUGAACCCAGCUUGGCAUCAUGGUACCAUGUACUCGUAAUUUUUUGUAAAGAAAGAGGACCAAAAAGCAGAAUUUUAGAAAAUAUACUGAUAGAAGUGGAAAAUAAAAACCAUCAUAUCCGAGAUUUAAUUGACACCCACUUUUUUGUAACUGCUAUGGAUGUGGCAAAGAAUCAUUUAAACAAUCUCAGCUUAGGCGAAAGAAUACACCAGCUGUUACUGCUUGGAAACAAUUAUAAUUUGAUUGGAGAUUCCUAUAAAGAAUCAAUUUAUUAUCGACAUUACUUUUCUCUGCUUUUAACAAAUACACCAUUUGAGGAAUUUAUGGAGAAAAUAUAUAACAAUAUGGUGCCCUAUAUUUACAUACCAGAGCCUAUUAUAAUGCGGGAAGUGAUAAAACAGAUCGAACUCAAUGGAGCAACAGAGCAUAUACCAAGAAUUUGGUCAGACAUGAUUAUUUUUAACCACCAUAACAGGGAAGAUCUUAUUAAUUACCUUUUAACAGUUAUGGUAGAAAAUGAACCACCGAAGGAUUCUAAAUUAAUUGAAAAUUUUGGAAACAUCGCUUGGGAUAUUUAUAAUACGAUAGAUGGACAAAAUGAGGAGAGGUUUAAUUCAGUUCAAUUUUCAGGUGAAAUGCUUGGCAAAUUAUUAACGCUUGUAUUGAGAAAUAACGAUUUUCAAAAUGGUUGUACAAUUAUGGAGAAGCUUGAUAGUAAGCAUUCUUCCAUUGUCGGAGUACCUAGUUUCGAGUCCCUAUCCCUCUUCGUCGAUAUGUGUAUUAAAAAUAAGUCACCAUCUAAAGCCAUAAAUUGCAUUCAGUACGCUUCGGACUGUGGUUUUCCAGACACAUUAGCGUUGGGUGCUAAAUUAAAUGAAGGAUUAACCUUAGACGAAAACCACUUAGAUAAGCUUUCGAAAUGUGUUAAUCUUAAACUAAGUUAGGGUGUUAAGUUUGAAUAAAUUAGUUUUUAUUGUUAA